AUGGACGCCAAGAACGAGCCGACGGUCCAAUAUGAUGACAAGCAGAGAGCCGACCAGUUUGAAGAUGCGAAGGUGGCCGCAACAGCUGCGCUGCCAACAUCGCAAGCCAACGAGAAGCUUACUUUCAGCGAUCUGUGGGAGAACAAGCGCGUUCUGGGCUUCUGCUUGAUGAUCUACCUUUUGCCCAUUAACUUUGGUUACGAAGUCUCGACCAUCGGAAAGCUCCUCGCUGUAACCCCUUUUGCUCAACGUUUCGGCCACGAAAUCAACGGAAAAUGGCAAGUUGCCGCUCGGGACCAGCAGAUCCUCAAUGCCGCGGGCACGAUCGGAAUCUUCGUCUCGGCAUUCGCAACAGGCUUCAUUAGCGAUAUCUUUGGCCGGAAGAAGACCAUUGGCCUCGCUUGCUUGAUUUGCUGCGGUGGCACGAUUCUUCAAUACUUUGCUUCAACUAUCAUGAUGCUUUUCGGCGGCAAGGUCGUUGCAACUUUUGGAUUCGGUCUAGGUCACUCCUUGGGGCCUGUCUUUGUUGCCGAGCUCGCACCCGUCAAGAUGCGUGGUGUUUGCCUGGUUCUUGUCAACACAAUGAUCACUGUUGGCCAAUGGCUCAACUCGGCGACAGUACUGGCAAGCGAUCACUAUCACAAUGACCUUUCUUGGCGAAUCCCUUUAAUUACGCAACUCAUUCCUCCUGGACUGCUCCUUUGCGGUUUGGUAUUCUUGCCCGAGUCCCCUAGCUGGCUUCUCAUCAAGGGUCGUCGUGAAGAAGCCGCCAUAUCAUACAAAAGAUUCAACGGGCCCAGCUUCGACGUGGAUGCCGCGUUGGCGAUCGCCACUGUUGCCAUUGCCAAAGAGCAAGAGGCCAAAAAGGAACAGGAGUCAGCUCGCUGGGUUGACUGUUUGAAGGGAGUCAACGGCAGGCGCACAGCAAUUAUUGUGAUGAUCUAUCUCUCUCAGCAAGCCAUUGGUGUGAACUUUGUUUCGGGCUACCUCACAUACUACUUUCGCUUGGCUGGAAUUAACAAUCCGCUUGCAAUCGGCCAGGCAGCCUACGCAAUUCAGUUCGUCGGCAACAUGACUUCCUGGCCACUUGUGGAUCGAUAUGGAAGACGUCCGUUGAUCGUGGGCGGCGUAUUCACCAUGACAGCCCUUUUGCUUCUCAUUGGCGGUAUCAGCACCAUCGGCAACCAAGCCUCACUCACCGCAACGGUCGCUUUCAUGGUCAUUUGGGGAUACUUAUAUCAGGCAACUUUGGGUGCGGUUGCGUACUCUGUCGGAGGAGAAACUGCCAGUGUGCAAUUGCGACAAAAAACUUACAGCAUCAAUAUCAUGUGCUCGACCGCGGCGUCCUGCUUAGUAUUGCAGGUGAUGCCCUACCUGCUCAAUACAGACCAGGCCAACCUGGGCGGUAAGAUUUGCUUCAUCUUCUUCGGCCUAUCGUUGCCCAUGUGCGCAUGGCUUUACCUGUACUUCCCCGAGAUGAAGGGUCGCAACUACGCCGAGAUUCAAGAAAUGUUUAGCAAUCGCGUGCCGGCCCGCAAGUUCAAGUCUUAUGUUUGUGAGGUCAGCGCUGGGGGCCAAGAGGAGAAGAAGCUUCAAGACGAAGCAUGA